AUGUUUACAAAGGUCAUCGUCUUUGCCGUCGUAGUGCUAGCUACAAAUGCACAGCAUCACAGUCAGGGACACGCUACGUCUUCACAAUCGAUCAUCCAUCACGAGGUCUCACACAGCCAGCCAAGCUACCACCACGUCCAGCCAGUCGCCGUCCACUCUGCACCCAUACUCCAUCAACCCGUUCAGUAUCACCAACAGAGUUCACACGGGCAUGAAGAGCACUACGCUCAUCCUAAAUACCAGUUCCAAUACAACGUGGAGGACCACCAUACCGGAGACAUCAAGUCUCAGCACGAGACGCGUGACGGAGACCAUGUAACUGGCUUCUACAGCCUGCACGAACCCGACGGCACUGUGCGCAUCGUGCACUACAACGCUGACGAUCAUAAUGGAUUCAAUGCUAAUGUAGAACAUCAGGGACACUCCACACACGUCCAGCCUGUACAUCAUGCUCCACAACAUGCUCUAUAUCAUCAU